AUGUCACGUGAAAGUGUUUUUGUUAAACACAAAAAAGAUUUAGAUACAUCGUCAGCGUGGAGUCAUUUCCUAAUUGCAAGCGAUGGAAAAAGUGCGCGUUGUAAACGAUGUUUAGCAGUAUUGAAGACAUUGGGAGGAUCAACAAAAGGUUUACACACGCAUUUGUUAUCCAAACAUAAUUUUAAAGUAUUAUCUGAAAGCAAUUGUUCAUCAACUAGGCAUGGGCAUGGAGAACCGUUAGAAGAAAAUUCGACACCGCCACCAGCUAAACGAAAAUUCGUUGAAUAUUUUAUUAAGAGUGAUACACUAGAUCAUGUUUUGGCUCGAAUGACAGCUUUGGAUGGUUUCCCAUUUAUUGUUUUUAUUUUUUCUAAUGAUUUAAGACAGUUAUUAAUAUCCAAAGGUUACUCUGAUUUACCAAAAUUAGCCGUAACAAUUCGAAAUCGUGUGGUAAAUUUUAGUUUAACAAUCAGAAAAGAAAUAAUUGACGAAUUUAAACGGUUGAAAAAAAAAGGUGAACGAUUUAGUUUAACUUUUGACGAGUGGACUUCCACGGCCAACAAACGUUUUAUGAAUAUUAACGUCCAUUCGCAAACAAAAUUUUGGAGCUUAGGUCUUAUUCGAGUUAAUGGUUCAAUGACAGCUGAAAACUUUAUUUGUGUAUUAAAAGAACAAAUGAACAAUCUUUUAAACAUUUUCUUAUUAAAUUUCGGGAUAAUCCCGGGAUCCUGGGAUUAA